UCAAACUGUCCUUACCGUUUCCCUCUUAUCGCUCCAAGUUCCCUCAACCACGCAUGCCCCUUAGACUUUCUCAUUUUUGCCUGCUUACCCAGGCCUUUAUGACCCCUUGAGGUCCCCAAAAGCCCCCCGCAAUCCGGCGUAACCGAACCUUGCCGACUUGUAUACCAGGACGCCGUCAGCUAGGGCCACACUACCCUCGCGACCAUCAUGUCCAGGGCUCCUCCGCCAGGCGGCUCCGGCCGCAUGCCGUUCCUCGGCGGCCUGCCUGGAAGCAACCCGCGCGCGCCGCCUCCGGGUCAAGGGCGUCCGUACGGCAACGACGGCCAUGGCCAAGGCUACGGCGCACCCCAGGCCGGCGCGCCGCGCUCGCCGGGCAUGUCGCGAUAUGGGGAGAAGGCCCAACCCGGCGGCGGUCGCCAGGUAACGCUGAGGGUCGAAAAGGUCACCGACAGGUCUCUUCAAUCGAGACUCAUCUACGGAAACCUCUGCGCCGUUGCCCCCGAGGAUUUCCCGCCCAGUCGAGACGGCUCCGACUUGUAUAUCCUGCUCCGGGGAGGCCAGCCGGUGGGGGAAUACGUCGUCACAGCCAAGCCCGUUCCCGGUUUCCCUCCCGGAUGCAUCAGUCUGUCCGACCCUCAACGGAGCUGGUGCGGCAUCACCAUGAGAGAUCAGUUCACGGGUGAGAUAUACGAUCCUUUCGCACAGGGAAGCAAAGCCUACCUCGGCUCGCUCGACCUCGAAAUCGGCUUUGCCUCGCCGAACAAGAAGACAGAUGUCCCCUACGAUGAAGACGAACUAUCCAAGAUCUUCAUCGACACAUACCAGAACCAAGUCUUGUCCCCCGGGCAAAAGGUCCUGAUGGAUGUUCGAAACAUCCCGCUCAUGAUUACGGUAAAGACUGUGGGCCUUGUUGAUCUCGCCAUGGCCUCGGAGGACUCGAGCAAGCAGGUCUACAGAGAGUCCAACGCCCGGGGCAUUCUAACGAACCAGACCCGAGUGCUCUUGCACCGUGAUGCCAAGGGCGACUUCAACUUGAAGCCCUCCAUGUCAAAGCCGAACUCGAACGCCAUCCUGGCUCCUGAUUUCAAGUUUGAAGACAUGGGCAUCGGCGGCCUCGACAAGGAGUUUUCCAUCAUCUUCCGCAGAGCCUUCGCCUCGCGUGUCUUCCCGCCCGGCCUGGUCGCCAAGAUGGGCAUUCCUCACGUCAAGGGAAUGUUGCUGUACGGCCCUCCCGGCACUGGCAAAACGCUCAUCGCCAGGCAGAUUGGCCAAAUGCUGAAUGCACGCCCACCAAAAGUCAUCAACGGACCUGAAGUCCUCAACAAGUACGUCGGCCAGUCGGAAGAAAACAUUCGAAAGCUGUUCGCAGACGCCGAGAAGGAAUACAAAGAGAAAGGAGACGAGAGCGGCCUCCACAUCAUCAUCUUCGAUGAGCUCGAUGCUGUCUGCAAGCAGCGAGGGUCGGGUGCGGGAGGCGGCACCGGCGUCGGCGACAGCGUCGUCAACCAGCUCCUCUCCAAGCUGGAUGGUGUUGAUCAGCUCAACAACAUCCUCCUCAUCGGCAUGACGAACCGGAAAGACAUGAUCGACGAUGCCCUGAUGCGGCCUGGGCGUCUAGAGGUGCACAUCGAAAUUUCUCUGCCUGACGAGCCUGGCCGACUAGAGAUUUUCAAAAUCCACACGUCAAAGAUGCGGACCAAUGGCCUCCUCGACCCGGACGUGAACUUGGAAGAGUUGGCAGGUCUCACCAAGAACUACUCGGGUGCUGAGAUCAACGGUGUCGUCAAGGCUGCCGCCUCAUGUGCAUUCUCUCGUCACAGCGAGGUCGGGCAGCUGGCUGCCGUGAGACAGGACGUUGCCAACAUGAAGGUGAACCGCGACGACUUCAUGAACGCGCUGACAGAGGUGCGCCCAGCCUAUGGCGUCUCGGAAGCGGAGCUGGAGGAGGCCGUUCGACUGGGCAUCAUACCUUAUAGUGCUCACGUCAACAACUCUGUCCAGGAGAUGACACGCGUUGUCGACAUGAUCAAGAACGACCCAAACAAGUUCAGCACAUCUGUGCUAUUCCACGGGCCCAAGGCGUCCGGGAAGACGGCGCUGGCGGCCCACAUUGCCAUGCAGUCCGGAAUCCCCUUUGUCAAGAUGGUUACACCCGCCGACCUCGUUGGGUUCAGGGAUGACUUCGCCAAGAAGGAGUUUGUGCACAGAGCAUUCGCAGACGCCUACAAGUCGCCGGCCAGUAUCCUCAUCCUAGAUGACUUUGAGCGCUUGAUUGGCUGGAACCCCAUCGGCCCUCGCUUCUCCAACACGAUGCUCGAGGCUUUGACCACGCUCAUAGUCUCGAAGCCGCCCAAGGGACACCGGCUUCUCGUCUUCGUCACCACGUCCAAGGCGUCUGUUCUGAAGAUGCUUGAGAUUGACAUGGAUUUCGCCAAAAAGGUUGCGGUGCCGGCAGUUUCCAACGUGCAGGAGCUCGGCACCGUGCUUCAGCAAUCGAGGGUGUUCAACUCGGGGGACAUCAACCAAGUCAUCAAUAACAUCCAGCAGCGGACGGGCUCCGAUUCGGUGGGCAUUGGCAUCAAGACGAUUUUGGACUGCAUCUUCGAGGCCAAGGCGGGCCCCGAGUCGGACGUUUUGGAAACUUUCUCCGACCUCAUACUUGAGAACCUACAGGAGAUGCAAAUUUAGAAGGACGAGGAUGGCGGUACAGGUAUUAGAUAAGAUAUUCAUUAUUAGCGCCGGUGGUGAUGGCAAUAGCCCAGGCAGGGUUGUUGAUGCUUAUUGCUCUCCCGGUCGGUCCCUCUAGUGACGGGAAGCGAUGACAUGCAUGCCCUUUGCUUGGGCGACAUCACCUAGCCACCCUUUCUUCCUG